AUGGCUACUCCUCAAGAACGCAAACCCAAAAGACCUCAUUACAUUCCUCGUCCACCAGGGAAACCAUUCAAGUACCAAUGUUUCCAGUGUCCCUUCACCUGCAAUGAAAAGUCUCAUCUCUUUAACCACAUGAAAUACAACUUGUGCAAAAACUCCAUCUCCCUGAUGUCACAGAAAAACAGUCACACGGCUCGCCAGCACAAGGUUGCCACGAAGCCCAUCCCGGUGAAAUCUACCGAUGGCGCGACAUCGCCGGAAGCUUCCAUUCAACAGGAGGUUGAGACGAGUGAUUCGUCAGAAGACGUUGACAUUGAGAGCGAUGGAGCGGUGGAGAACGACAGCCCGAGUUUGCCAAAAAAUGUUGAUUCCCUGCCUCGCCCGUCCGCCUUUUCCACUGUCAAACCCAUUCGUAACGUAGUUGAGCCCUUAAAUUCGCCUUCGCCCCUCUCGGACGGUCCACAAACUCCUAUUCCUACAUUAGAGCGCCAACCAUUCCCUUGGACCUUCAAACCAUUCCAUAUGGAAUACACUCCUUAUAUGCGGCCUUUCUAUUCCUCAUAUUACCAACCUGCGAGACAGACCGCCAACGAGACCAAUUCUUCUCUCCGACUUGACUUUCCAGAUUCCCAAAGACCAGUAAUGCCGCAAGCCAUCGUUCCGCCUCCUGCUUCACUCUUCGCCUCUUACCCGUACCAAUACUGUCACCCUCUUCACUCAGGGCAGCCAUUUCCUUAUAGCCUGUACGGACCCCACGAACUGUUAAGAUAUCUCCCCUUUGACUGGUACGCACAACCACGAGCUUCGAAAGAUUACGACUUCUACAUGCAAUCUGGACACAAUCGUUUUGCCGAACAAGAACAACUCAGGCAAAGUAAAGAAAAGGACACCAGGCUGAGCCCGAAAGAGGGCUGUUCAGCUCUGGGCUCGCCCGACAUACCCAGUCACAGGUACAGCGAGGAGGAGAAAAAUAUGCAGACUGACGCCAGGCGAAAGGAUACAGCUGAAAGCUUGCUGCAGCUAGGAACUCUGCUUGUGGGCACAGGAUCGACUGAGAGCAGCAGUUAUUCCGGCGUAUCCGAUUCGUGUCCAGAAGCCACCUCAGAACAGGAAAAAGGAGACAACAGAAGCGCAUCAGCACCGCUAAACCUCUCAGUGAGGAACCAGGACAUCUCCGAAAACGAGGCGCCGCUAAAUCUCAGCAUCCGCUCUCCCUGCGCUUUGGAAGAUGCCGAUCAAACAGAUGAAGAAGCUUGCGACCAGAGGAAAACGGCGGCGUUGGCGCUCUGUCAACUCGCUAUUGCCAGCUCGGCCGCUUCUUUGCAAGACUUUGUGGCGGGCAAACCAGCAGAAAAUGAAAAACUAAUUUCGGAGUCAGACUCAAGGAAAAACAUCGGACUUCAGGGGGGGGCUAACGUAACGGGUAUGAAACGCGUUGCUGGGAACAACACGCACAAACCAAAGAAAAGGAAAAUGGCUGUGCGUGUUAUGAGGAGGAAACCUCGUUACUGCUAA